CAGGAUAAUUGUUGAAUUCAUAGCCAGUCAAGAUGAAUGCUGUUCAUUCUUAUCAGCCCCUGCAUAGAUUUGUUAACUAUAUAAAAAAGCAGAUCAAUACUGUGGGGAACAAAACUUUAAGUGUGGUGUGUAUAUGUGUAAACCGAGAGUACGGCCAUGAACCUUUCUGCACCUAUACUCGCUUUCCACGCUGACGUGCUGUCUUUUAAUAACCUUCACUUACAAAGAAUCCCACCUUCAUUGAGAGAUGCUUAUGGAAAGCAGGCGAAAUACGUAGACCUGAGUUUUAAUGCUCUAAGAUCUAUAGAGGAGUUGAAACAUUUUACAGUUUUAGAAGUGCUAACUCUAGACAACAAUGAACUCGAUGACAAAACCCAAUUUGUGAGAAACACCCGUUUACAAGAAUUGUCACUGAAUAAGAACAAGUUCGCAGAUCUGUACAGGUUAAUGAACCAAUUAUCGAGCUGUUAUCCGAAUCUGCAGUACCUUAGUCUUCUCGAUAAUCCAGCAUAUCUAAAUAAGGACAAAGACGACUAUCAGAAAUACAGGUAUUACGUCAUCCACAAAUUUCCCAAGCUUAAGUUCCUGGACUCCACCCGUGUAACUACUCAGGAGAGGAUAAAGGCCAAGAAAAUCAGUGCAUUUGUAAGCGUUUUUGGGCUUAACAGGAACAUUGUUUAUAUGAAUAAGUUGACGCCUAAAAACAGUGGUAUACAAUCUAAGAAGCUACAACUUUCGUCAUUUCAAUAAACAACUGAUGGAUAUUCGCGCCAAGCUACUCAAGGACUGUAUGCACCGUCGUUUCUAAUUUGAACUGAUGGACUAGAGGAAAGUCAUCUAAUGAACAACACCCACCGUUAACCAUUGGGCUACUCUUGUCAGACCGAAUAGUGGGAUUUGGCCGUCACUCUUAUAAAGCAGUUGUAUGGCCUGGCCCCAAAUUUCGGGUAAUGGGACGCGAACGCUGAAGCCGCAGAUCCGUAGCCAGACAUUGUAAUCACUUAGCCACAUUCUGCCCAAUGAGUAAUACUUGUUCUUUAUGUUCCUGUGUUAUAUGUUGUUACACAUUUUUAAAAUGUAUCUUGAUAUUAAAGUAAUUGCAUGUACUUGUUGAUCUGAGGUCACCAGAAGUUGUUAUUAAAGCUUAUCGUUUUAAACUUUUCA